CACCAGAAAAUCCGUAACACCCCAGUCGACAAGAGGCAUCAUCAAACACACAAGUCCAAGAUGGAGUAACGCUGAAGACAGCAGUCCGGAGUCCCCCGCUGAAUGUUGAAACACAUUCAAACACACAUUUCUUUAAUUGUAGGUUAAAACUGAAGCCUUGUUGCCGUCCUCUUUCCUGCUGUCGAGCAAGCUGCGCAAAAACAGUGAAGGAUGGAGCCAUCAGAGCAGUCAGGUCCAGACUCUGCCUCCCAGGAUGUUAACCCUGUGUUUCUGCAGCAGCUCCGAGAGCUGGACAUCCCAGAGGAGGCAGCGAAACAGGCACUACUGCACACUCGGAACGUGUCUGCCGAGGAAGCGGCCAUGUACUACUACAACAAGCUGGAGAAUGAGGAGGAGGGAGAUGAUGACCUCAUGUUCAAAAUGGUGUUUGUGGUGAACAUGGACCUCGCCAUGGGUGUUGGAAAGGUGGCAGCCCAGGUCGGCCAUGCUGCUGUGGGUUUGUACCAGGCUCUACAGGAGAAGAACAGCUGGAGGGAGAUGGCCUGGAAGUGGGACCACAGCGGAUCCAAGAAAGUGGUGGUCCAGGGCACCAAUGUGGCUCAUCUACUAGAGCUGCAGGCCUUGGCCAUGAGCCUCAGCCUGCCCACUUAUCUGGUCCAGGAUGCAGGGCUGACCCAGGUGGAGUCUGGGUCCCGCACUGUCCUGGCCAUCAUGGGCGAGGAGGACAUGGUGAACAAUGUCACUGGGAGCCUCAAGCUGCUCUGAGGGGGCUGAAAUCCACAUUGGGGAAGGCAUGACCCUGCAGUGCCACCGUGCAACCAGCAGAGGGCAACAUUUCCCAGCGGCACAGAGAGUCUCGGCAUGCAAGAGUGUUACAACCUUAAAAAAGAACUGAAGAAGAUGAAGAAGGGGAAUGUCCCAACACCAGAAAACAAACACUCUCAGCCAUUUGUUUCCCUUUCAUUCUUUGUCUGAGCGGCUUCGUCUGCGGUUGAGAGCAGGAGGGGGGCGAGACAUCGGUUCUUCACAGGAGAACGAGAUGAGGGCAGUCUCUUUGCUGGUGACCUUUUUCUGUUUUUUUUAUUUUUUAUCCAGGUCACAUACCUAGAAGAGUCUUAAUAGUAUCUUAAUCUGUUUCCAACCCCAUCUUGUCUUUUGUCCAGUUUCAGUUAUGGCAAGUCAAGUGAAGUAUUUUUGGUGAAUGAAAAAUAUUGUUAACAUAGUUAUUUAACGGGCGGUGUACUGUAGCCUAAUACAUCUUGUAAUUACAACUAUACCCAUUACACAUUUAGAGUUCUCCUGUACAAUCCACUACUCUCAAGUGACGAGUAACUUAUUAACUGAUAUGUGAACACUCAUUUCUGACAUUUAAAUGAUAGUGUGUGUGUGUAUGUAUGCAACUUCACCCAAAGAUUCCUAUCCUGUAGUCUUAAUAAUGUUACCUAUUACUGAUAAAUGGCUAUAUUUUGAAUACAUAUUCCUGUUAGGGCCAUACACUGUAUAAUCUGUGGUGUGCCAUCCUAAACAGUACACACAAAUACUGGACUUUGUUGUGUUGUAUCUUUUUUUUUUUUUCCUUUUGCAACGGGGUAAAAAAUCUUGAGCUACAAUAUUAGACACUAUUGAUAGAAUCUGAUGAUGGGCAAGCCAACAUGUCAUGUAGUUUAUAGGUCCUGACUUAAAGGACGCUGGCUGCCUGUUGUGGAACGUUUACAUAAAUGAAAAGGAUCAAUUAGCAGCUUGAAACACGCAGAAGGUGGAUGACAAUUGUUACAGACUUGAUGAUAGUCUUGCACACUUAUAAUCUUGAUACACAAAGAAUGAUGUGUGAGCUGUUGUGUGUCAAUGUUUUCACUAACAAGUAUUUGUGGGCAUGAGGCGCUGCCACUCCCUGGAUUCUUGGCUAUGUUAAUGUUGAAGAUUUAUUUGUAACAGAAAUGUUUAAAAAAAAAAAAGGCAGUGUCAUGCAUGCAAAAUGAAAUACACUAUAUUGGAACAAAACAUUGGGAAUCCCAAAGUCAAUUUUAACCCACACUUCCACACUUUGAUACCUCUUGUGUUAUACAAUAAAAAAAAAACGUGUGAGUGCUUCAGACUGUGCAGACAAUUAAAAUGCCUCUGGAUUAAAAGCAAAAACAAAACAAGUA